CUCUGCUAUCCCCGAAGGGCGCAAAAAGCACAUGAUGGUCAAGGAGCUGACCCUCGACGAUGAUCUGUAUGGGCUGGGCUUCCGCCGUUUUCGUUUCUUAGGGGAGACGGAUGCUAAGUAUCCUGUCCUCGAACAUUUUGUAGGAGGUAGGUUUCCGAAGGCUCCGCCUUUUUGUGCUUAGGAUUUUUGCGUAGAUCAAUUUCUUUUCUGACCCUCCGGUCUCAUUCGUUUGCCUUAUUUUGCAGGUGCUGAAAUGGAUCUCAAAAACUUCACGGGCUUCAUGAAGAAAUCGACGAAGGAGCCCAAUAAGAAGGACGCGAGCGUCCAGAAACCCCUCGAUGCACUCCCCAAGAAUGUUGGGGAACCUUCAGCUACUGCCCCUGCUGAUGCUGCUGCCAAGAGGAAGCCAGUAGGCAAAGGUCCGGGUCCUGAAGGGAAGAAACCCUGGAGAGGGGAUGCUGAGAAGAAAACCCCUCUGGUUGUGGUCGUGGGGGAGGACUCUGCCUCCGGGCUUCACGUUGUGGCGGAGACCACUGCCUCUGGUCCCCCUUCGGCACAGAGGGGCGAGGGGGGCUUACCCCGGGAGGACAUACCUUCUUCCCUUCUGAGGGGGAUCAUGCAUCCGAUAGAGUUCCUCCGGGGUGCUACCCCCUCGUUCGAUAGGGCCGCCCUUGGCAAACUUGAGGACGAAGCCCUCGAGUCCAAGAUCCUCCGAUCUUCCCUCACUGCUUGUAUUGCCCUCGGUGAACAAGCUCGAAGGCUAGUGGAGUGGCGCCUUCAGAGGGCCCAGGACGCUGAGAAGAUGACAAAGAUGGUACAUGACAACCAUGAUGCUGUGAGGUGGAUGGCCCAGCUGAAGGAGGACCUCCGGCAACCGAGGGAGGAGGCCGAGAGAGCCAGGAAGGAGAAGGCUGAAGCUGCCAAGGUUGCUGCCGAGGCCGCACAAAAAGCCGCUAAUGAGGUCGAGGCUGCAAAGCGGAAGAUGUUAUCCAAGCCCGGGAGGAUGCUGUCGCCGCCUUUCAUGUUGAGGGGUGGAAAGCUGAGGGUGAGGAGGGAUGGGUUUCCUCGGUUGUUGCAGCCUCGGUAGAUGACUGGGUUAAGGGCCCCGGGGUUGAGUGGAUGGCCCAGAAGGGCAAGAGUUAUUACGAGGGCGGUGAGUAUUUCACCCAAGCCCUCGUUUACCGGAGGCUCACCAGGCAUUUCCAGGUUGAUCCGGAGAAGUUCGACCCUGCAGCAUAUGGCCUCCCCCCUCUGCAACCAGACAUUCGUGUUCCCAUCCCCUCGGGCGAAGAGAGGCCGGUUCUUGAAGACUCGGUCCUAAUGGCGGAGGCACCGAGUGAUGAUGAUGAGGGGGAUGUCUCCUCUAAGCCUAUCGAGAGUGCUUCUGUUGAAGUGGUUGAUGAUGUUGUGAUUGUAUGAUUUGAACAUCUUUUGUAUAAUCAUGUAUGUAACUUUCGGUUUCGGCCAUGAUUGCCAGCAACUUUU